ACGAAGUGGACGUCAAUGCCAACAGGAACUCCACGGUGAUCCAAACCUUCCCUGACCCAGCACAGGACGUCGUCUUCGGACACAAGAAACCCAUACCUUCCAGCGCCCGCCCAACGACUCACGCUACCAACUCGACCACCGUCACACACGCACAGGUUGUCGGUUCCAGCACCGCUCACACUUCGACACAACCACCACAGACCGAACCAGAGCUCACUGUUAAUCAGGUUACUUUGAAAGAAACGGGGUGAAUGUAUGGGCAAGCAACCCUCACUCUCACAGGACAGAGGAGGACUCAGUCAUGAAUGGACAGGUCAUCAUCGAUGCCAAGGAAACUCCAACUGUUCAUCUACAAAUGGGACGAACUGACCAAUGAGGAACACCCGGCUGAGAUCGUCCUAGACGUGUUUGUACGGGCAGUGGCCGAGGAGCUGGAGAUCAUGAAGACCAACCCUGACAUCAUCGACGAGGACUUUGGCAUGGUGAGCAGCUGGGCCGAGAAACGUCACAACGCUUUGCUGAGCAGGCGUUUGCUGCGGACUAUCCCCAUAUCAAACAUUGUGGUGAGCGGCUCGGAAUUCUGGACCAGACAUUUCCCCGAUGAGGAGCGUGUGGAGUGGAUCAGGUUUCGCAAGGCGUUCGUUCAAGAGUUCAGCAGCCACAUGAACUCCUCAAUUCCUCGUGCCGGACAUGUGCAUGUGCUGGAGAGUCUCCGCAGAGAGAUCGGAGUGGAUGACCAGAACUUUCUUACCAGGGUGGACUUUAUCAUGUUUUCAACAGAGGAAGAAACGUAUCUGGACUUGUGGGAGAAAACUCUGAGCUUAGCAAGAGAGAACCUAGCCUUGAGAGACGUCUUCGAUGUAGAGUCAUCUGUGAGAACGGUGGCAAUUGAGAAUAUUGGCAAAUUCGGCAGCCCAUCUGUGAUGGCAGCCCUACGGGACCUUCUGGAAGACCCUGACGCCAAUGUCCGGGCGGUGGCUACAGUGUCUCUGUCCAGGUGUAUGGUACCGGGCGAUGAAGUGACCUACUCCGCACUCCUCAAGUCUUUGGAUGACAAGGACAGGCUGGUGAGGGAGGCUGGCUGCCUUGCCAUGGGUCAUUUGAAAGAUUCACGAGUUGUGCAGAAACUCAUUGAAAUGUGGAGGAAUGACGUCAUCUCCCACGUGAGAGAGGCUGCCUCGGCCGCAUUGACUGAGAUCGGCGGGGCUGAGGCGCAGGAGGCCAUGCGAGUCACCAGAAUCCUCUCUGACGAGAUACAAACUCUGUCUCCAUAAAUAAUCAUAAUGUCACUGACAUAUAUCUGUCCUCGUCAUUUUACGUAAGAAAAACUCUGAAAUUAUGCAAACUGAGCCCAAAAAUGUGAAAUUAUGUGAUUCUGUUGAUUUUAACAAAGAAUGAUAAAGGAAAAUAAUUAGAAAUUAUGAAAAAAA